CGGAUUCAAGUCUUGCUAAGGCUAUCUCUCUCUCUCUCUCUCUACCCACAAAAUCAGGCAGAAACCCUAGGCCGAUCACCGACCGGAGCACACGGAAAUGGCCAGAGACGAGGCGCAGUUCAAGGCUGCGAAGCGGGCGUACCAGAGCGCGAGAGACGAAGGGAACCACCAGGAAGAGGCGAGGUGGGCGAACGUGAUCGGGGACAUACUCAAGAACAGGGGCGAGUACGUCGAGGCUCUCAAGUGGCUGCGGAUCGACUACGAUGUCACGUCCAAGUACUUGACGGAGAAGCACUUGUUGCCGACGUGUCAGUCCCUCGGGGAGAUGUACCUGCGGCUCGAGUUCUUCGAGGACGCGCUUUUUUACCAGAAGAAACAUUUGGAGCUUGCUAAGGACUCUGAUGAUCUUGUUGAGCAGCAAAGAGCGAGUACGCAGCUUGGUCGUACGUACCACGAAAUGUUUUUGAGGUCUGUGGACGACCACUACUCUAUUCGAAAUGCUAAGAAGUAUUUCAAAUCUGCCAUGAAGCUUGCGAAAGAGCUGAAGGAGAACCCGCCGACUAAUAAGUGUUCUUUCUUAAAGGAAUAUAUUGAUGCCCAUAACAAUAUCGGUAUGCUUGAAAUAGAUCUUGACAAUUUAGUAGAGGCCCAGAAAAUAUUAUCUAAAGGAUUAGACAUAUGUGAUGAAGAAGAGGUCAUUGAAGACGAUGAUGGACGUAGUAGGCUACAUCAUAAUCUUGGAAACGUUUUCAUGGAAUCAAGGAUGUGGAAUGAGGCUCGGGAGCAUAUUGAGAAGGACAUAAUAAUCUGUAAGAGGAUUGGGCAUUGCCAAGGUGAGGCAAAGGGGUACAUAAAUCUUGGUGAAUUGCAUUACAGGGUACAAAAGUAUGAUGAAGCAAUUCUUUGCUAUCAAAAGGCGCAUGAUCUGGCACAAUCUAUGGAGGACGAGGAUGCUUUGAUGGGUCAAAUUAAUCAAAAUAUCGAUACAGUGAAUGAAGCUAUUAAGGUGAUGGGUGAGCUGAGGCUUGAGGAGCAGAACUUUAAAAAGCUGUCAAGAAAGUUGGUCAGUGCUAGGGGCACCGGAAGUGAAAGGAAAUGGCUCCUGCAACAGAAUAAGUCCCUCGACAGUCUUAUUGAGAAAUCAAGUAUGAUCACAGCAUGGUUAAAACAUCUCGAGUUUGCUAAACGCAAGAAAAGAAUUGCAAGUGAACUUUGCGACAAGGAAAAGCUGAGUGAUUCGUACCUUGUUAUUGGAGAAUCAUACCAGAAGCUCCGAAAAUUUGACAAAGCCCUGAAAUGGUACAACAAGAGUUGGGAGAUUUAUAAGUCCAUUGGCAACAUGGAGGGGCAAGCUUUAGUUAAAAUUAAUAUUGGUGAUGUUUUGGACUGUGACGGAAAUUGGGCAGGUGCAUUGGAUGCUUUUGAAGAGGGGUACAGGAUUUCUGUGGAAGCUAACCUCCUCUCAGUACAGCUUUCUGCCCUUGAGAACAUGCACUAUAGCCACAUGAUCAGAUUUGACAAUGUUGAAGAGGCAAGGAGGUUGCAGCUUCUAAUUGACAAGUUGAAGCAAUCAGAUAGGAAAGAGCUUGAAGGACCAAAAACGGCAGGAGAUUGCUGCCCUGAAACAGACACGGAAGGUGAUGAUUAUUCGUUAAAUAGUAGGUCCAGCACAUGCAGUUCUCCACUUACAUCUAAUUCUUAUAAGAGAAAACUUCACAACACUGUGGAAGAGCUAAAUGAUGAUGCCCCUUUGAUAUCCUUCCUCCAUUCAAAGGAAGUUUCACCAAAGUUCAGAACAGUCGCUCCUGUAGAGAAGUAUGGUAAUCCUGUCAAGCACAUGAUGGCAUCAUCCAGAAGUUCAUCCAAGUCAUCUGGUGAUAUGCAGAAAGUUGUUAAUCGUAAACGUAUUCGUUUAGUCCUUUCUGAUGAUGAAGGAGAAAUGCAUGCUCAGGCAGGGGGCUCAAUGGCUGGGCCACAUUCUAUGGAGAGGACAGCUACUUCUGAUGAAAGGAAUAAAGCAGCAGCAGCAGCAGCCCGGGGAUGUCAAGAUGCACCUGGAGAUGGUUCCGAAUGUACAAAGAGUUUUUGGAAUCUUGUUAAUGUAGAGGAGAGCACAUGUUCUUAUAGAACCAGGAGUUCUAAUAGAGUAGCAUCUGAAAAUGGCAAAGAAGACAGAUCCUUGAGCACCAAGGAUGUUUUUCCUGACUAUUUUGUGGCAGAUAGCUCAAAAUGUGACUUUGAUGUUUCCAAUAACCUAUCACACACUGUUCAUUUGGAUUUUCCUGCUUGCGCUGACAAAUCCAAAUUAUUGCAGCUAUUCGUAUCGUUCAAAAUCGACAAUGAACUUAUCCAUGUAGAGGCUGAGAGCUUUGGGUCCGAUGAUGAAUUCGACAUCGACUCUGUGAAGGCUGAAUUGGCAUGCCUAUACUACUUGCAUCUUUCUAAAGAAAAGAGAUCAAAGGGUCUCUUGCCAAUCAUCCAGAAAAUAUUAAAUGAGGGAAAGCCCCUCCCAUGCUUAGAAGCUGUUCAAAGGUUGAGGUAUCUCUUGGCAAAGGGAGGAGUUGAAGUACUUGUUCAUGGUUGGAUACAGAAGCCCUUGAUGAAGCUGUAUGUUGACUGCUGUGAGGACUUAACCGAGCAACCAAAUAUGAAGUUGCUCAAAAGGUUAUACAACUUGGAGGUCUCAGAAGAUGAAGUUAUCCUGUCAGAAUGUGAACUACAAGAUGUAUCAGUAACUCCUCUAUUGAAUGCAUUGCGCAUGCACGGAACAAUUGCGAUGCUUAACCUUUCUCAUAAUCUCCUAGGAAAUGGAACCAUGGAGAAACUUCAACAAGUAUUCCAAUCUUCAGGUCAGAGCUAUGGAGACUUGAGUCUGGAUCUGCAUUGCAACCGGUUCGGUCCAACGGCAUUGUUUCAGAUAUGUGAAUGUCCCGUGCUGUUUGAACGACUGGCGGUACUUAAUAUAUCCGGCAAUCGUCUCACUGAUGCUUGUGGAUCUUACAUUUCCACAAUUCUGAAAAAUUGUAGGGCCCUGUAUAGCUUGAAUGUAGAGCGCUGUUCACUUACAUCUAGAACAAUUAAUAAGGCCGCUGAAGCACUGGAAGCUGGAUCUAUGCUUACGCAACUUUAUAUAGGACAUAAUGACCUGAUAUCAGGAAAUGCUAUAAUCUAUCUGCUUUCCAAGCUUGCCUCACUGGAAAGAUUUUCUGAACUAAGUCUGAGUGGCUUGAAGCUUAGCAAAACUGUAGUUGACAGCCUAUGUCGGAUAUCUAAAAGGUUGUCUCUGUCUGGACUAAUGCUUGGAGGUACCAAUAUUGGAGCUGAUGGAGCACUACAGUUGAGUGAAUCACUUCUCUUUGAGAAUCACGAGCUUGUGAAGUUGGACUUGUCAUUUUGUGGAUUGGCAUCCAAGUACUUUUCAAGACAACUAGUUGAGACUCUGGUUUGUGGAAUUGUGGAGCUGAACCUUGGAGGGAAUUUGAUCGAGCAAGAGGGAAUUAAUGCAUUGGCAUCAGCACUUGUGCGUCCUCAGUGCAGCAUAAAAGUUUUGAUCUUAAACAAGUGUAAGCUUGGGCUUUCCGGGGUUGUCGAAAUAAUACAAGCACUAGCAGAAAACGACUCCCUGAAGGAACUCAAUCUUGCUGGUAAUGUCGAAAAUAAGGAAAUAAUAUCUAGUUCGCAAAUAGAGAUAAGUCUCAUGCAUCCUCAUUCUUCACUCGAUAGCUCUGCUGCAAAGGAAAUAGAUCCAGCACGGAAUGGGCCAUGCAUUGUGAAUCGUGAGUGCAAUCAACUCGAAGUUGCUGACAGUGAAGAUGGUCAGACUGGGAUAGAACCUGAUGCAUCUGGGGUCAAUCACAGCUGUGCUAGUUCAUGGGAGAGAAUUGGUGCAGUGGAAAGCCCGCUUGUCGAAAAGCUUUCCAUGGCCAUUGGGAUGGCAAAGCAGUUGGAAUCAUUGGAUCUGAGCAAUAAUGGAUUCAGCUUGAAUGCUGCAGAAUCGUUUUACGCUGCUUGGUCGGCUUCCAGAGGUUCUUUGGCCCAUAGGCAUAUUAGUAAAUGGACGGUCCAUCUCUCUUGUCAGGCGAACAAAUGCUGCAGAUUGAAACCUUGCUGCAAGAGGGAUUAAAAUUCACAGAAAUGGAAAGCUUUCUUUACAAUUCCAGGAAGUAUAUAUACCGGAUUCCUACGACAGAAUCACGAUUUCAGCACUUGGAAGCUGCAAUGCUGAUAUUCGAGCGUACUCCAAACCUGUUGAUGGUGAGGAGAGUUUCUAGUUAGCGAAUUUGGUUCACAUUCAAGCAGUGGAAUAGAUAUAUAAGCAUCAAAUUGUGUUCUAAAUUUAGUAACUCUAAACAUCGGGUUUAUAUAUUUGGUUGUCGUCAUUUUUCUUGCGUCAAACGAUGAACAGAAAUAGCACUGGAGAGGUGAGUUGAAUCUUGCUAGCGAUGGAAACAGAGA